AUGGAGCCCCUGAAGAACAUAUUCAGCCGCGGCCCGCUGUCCAACUGGAAGAACCUGGACCAGUCGGCGAAGGGGAACUUUAGCAACCCCGUCUGGACCGCCUUGUUCGACUACGAGGCUUCCUGCAAGGAUGAGCUCACUCUACGGAAGGGAGACCAGGUGGAGGUUCUGUCACUGGAUUCGGAAAUCUCAGGAGACGAAGGCUGGUGGGCCGGGAAAGUCAACAACAAGGUGGGGAUCUUUCCUUCCAACUACGGCUCCUUCAAGCCCAGCGGUUAUGGCACACUCCCAGGCAGAGCGGUGGUGGGGGAGCUGGCGCCUGGAGAGUUCGAACCUCUGGUGGUGGAUUUCCGUGAGCUGAGCCUGGAGGAGGUAAUCGGAGUUGGCGGGUUCGGGAAGGUUUAUCGCGGUACGUGGAGAGGUGGGUUGGUGGCAGUGAAAGCGGCGCGCCAAGACCCAGACGAGGAUAUAAGUGUGACGGCGCAGAAUGUUCGGCAGGAGGCCAGGCUGUUUGCUAUGUUGACGCAUCCCAACAUCAUUGCGCUGAAGGGGGUGUGUCUGCAGGAGCCCAACCUGUGCCUGGUGAUGGAGUAUGCCUCUGGGGGGGCUCUGAGUCGUGCUCUGGCCGGGAGGAGGAUACCCCCGCACGUGCUGGUGAACUGGGCCGUGCAGAUCGCCCGCGGGAUGCUCUACCUCCACAGCGAAGCCAUCGUCCCGGUCAUCCAUCGAGAUCUCAAGUCCAACAACAUCUUGCUCGCUCAGCCCCUGGAGAAUGACUGUGUGGAGGGUCUGACGUUGAAGAUCACAGACUUCGGUUUGGCUCGAGAGUGGCAUAAGACGACCAAGAUGAGCACCGCGGGGACCUACGCCUGGAUGGCCCCUGAGGUCAUCAAGGCCUCCACCUUCUCCAAGGGCAGCGAUGUCUGGAGGUGA